AUGUUUCAUGGGAUCCCAGCCACUCCUGGCAUGGGAGCCCCUGGAAACAAGCCGGAGCUGUAUGAGGAAGUGAAACUGUACAAGAACGCCCGUGAGCGGGAGAAGUACGACAACAUGGCAGAGCUGUUUGCAGUUGUGAAGACAAUGCAGGCCCUGGAGAAGGCGUAUAUCAAGGACUGCGUCACCCCCAACGAGUACACUGCAGCCUGCUCCCGACUCCUGGUCCAGUAUAAGGCGGCCUUCCGGCAAGUCCAAGGCUCAGAAAUCAGCUCCAUUGAUGAAUUCUGCCGCAAGUUUCGCCUGGACUGCCCGCUGGCCAUGGAGAGGAUCAAGGAGGAUCGGCCCAUCACCAUCAAGGAUGACAAAGGCAACCUGAACCGCUGCAUCGCCGACGUGGUCUCGCUCUUUAUCACGGUGAUGGACAAGCUGCGCCUGGAGAUCCGAGCCAUGGAUGAGAUCCAGCCUGACCUGCGGGAGCUGAUGGAGACCAUGCACCGCAUGAGCCACCUGCCCCCUGACUUCGAGGGCCGCCAGACGGUCAGCCAGUGGCUGCAGACCCUGAGCGGCAUGUCGGCCUCAGAUGAGCUGGACGACUCCCAGGUGCGCCAGAUGCUCUUCGACCUGGAAUCAGCCUAUAAUGCCUUCAACCGCUUCCUGCACUCCUGA